UGCCACACGACCUGGACAGACUAUCAGGAAAGAUGUGCAGCAGCAGCAACAGCAUCAUCCAGGCCCAAAAACUGGUGGAUCAACUCCAAAUUGAAGCAGGCAUGGAAAGAUUCAAGAUCUCCCUCACAGCAGCGGAUUUAGUCCAAUACUGUCAGGAACACAGACGCAGCGAUCCUCUGCUAACCGGCAUAUCGGCUUCGUCCAACCCUUUCAAAGAUAAGAAGACCUGUGUACUACUCUGACACCAGAAGAUCCACGCUGCAAUACAGGAAACUUAGACUGGGAGCGCCAAAGGAUUAGUUUAGCCAUUUAUAUUUUGCCUAUCAUGUAUUUAUGCCU